AUGGCUAUCGUAGCUGUUGCUGGUGGCACGGGGGCUGUUGGUCGCACCUUGGAAGCAAAUAUAAGUGCACAGUCUCGAGUGCAACACCUAUGCGUGAACUACAGCAACGUCGACCAGAUCAGCUCUACAUUACGCGAGAACGACAUCCAAGUAGUCGUUUCUGCCCUAGUACUACUUGACGAAAAGACUUCCGACUCUCAAAUCAAUUUGAUCCGCGCUUCCGCGCAAUCCGGGACUGUGUCAAAGUUCAUUCCCAGUGAAUACCAUCUUGACUUCCAUGUUCCCAUCCAAGGUAUCGAGUUAUCAUUCAAGAGUUAUCAACUCAGAUCCGAGGAAGAGCUCGAGCGCCAUCCGCAGCUCACCUGGACACUCAUCCGAAACGGCCUUUUCCUCGACUAUCUUGCAAUGCCAUUCCACCCAAAACCGACAAAUCUGAUGCCUUGGUCAAUUUUUGUCGAUCUACAGCAUGAGAUUUGUGUCUUGCCAGGAGACGGCACACAGAUGAUGGUUUUUACUCAUUCAGCAGACCUUGCAGCCAUCGUAGAGCGCCUCAUUGAUAUCCCUGGCGAUCGAUGGCCUCGCGAAUCGCUUAUCGAAGGCAACAAAUUCCAGCUCAAAGACCUGAUACAAAUUCUAGAAAGAGUUACAGGGAAAAGCUUCACUGUGAUAUAUGACUCAGUGGAGGAUAUCCAAAGAGGCCAGAUUACUCAGCUGCCUUCUAAUCGAGAUUUGUUUGCACAGGAACAAUGGGGGAACCUCUAUCAAUUGGUCGAGAAAGAGGCCAUGUUUACACUGUUGAGUGAUGGGUACAAUUUGGGUGGGGAAAGCCUUAUGGACAUGUUUCCUGAAGUGCAAAUCACGAGAAUUGAGACAUUCUUGAGAGAUGCGUGGACAUGCAAGUCGCAAGCAGACCCCAAGCAAUCAUGCAUAUAG